GUUUCCUUCAGUGCUUAUAUUGGCAAGCCCGAUUUAGCCCUGAUUUCACUGGAACUUAGAAACCUGAAGGCAAACAAGGGAUGGGUAACCUGAUCCUUGCACUAGUGUUUGGCCCAGGGAGGAUUAGCAAGACUGGGGAAGCUGACGUUUGGGACUACAUUGACAUUUAUGAAUGUUUCAAGAGAGUGGUGGGUGUUGCUUGGCAAUCCGUAGGUAGAUAAGCAGAGCCAGUUUGUAACUGCCUGGGAGGAUGCCGAGGACCGGGCACGAACAGGGCUGCUACAGCAAAGGUAAUCACAGGCCAAGAACUCAGAACGAACAUUGCAAACCCUUACGCCCCACCCUCCAACUGAUCCCACCCAUUCCACUCCGUCUGCUUUCCCAUGGACGGCUCACCAGACAGCUGCCUCUCUGUGCAAGUAUCCCCAUGGCUGGACCGGGAAUGGGACCUGAUGGCAGAUUCAGAACCCCCUUUGGAGCUGCACGUGGACGAUGCAGGUACAUGCUUAGAGCUCGAGGGAGACGCUACAGAUGCCCUGUUGGAGCCUGAAGGUGCACAUGCCCCCUUGGAGCUACGUAUGGAUGUCACAAAUGCCCCUCUGGAGCUGAACAACGCAGGCGCACCCUUGGAGCAGCAUGUGGAUGGCGCAGAUGCUCCCUUGGACUUAGAUGUUGCAGAGCCCCAGACUCUGAGCAUUGAGGAGCUGGGAGAGCAUUUCCAGGAAUGCAUUGAAGCAGUGGAGCAGCUGGAGGAGGAGAGGGAUAGCCUCAUCCAGGAACUCACGCUGCUCCGGGAACCUGCCCUUCAAGAAAUCAGACAAGCUCAUGAGGAGAUACUGGCAGCCUACAGACUGCAGGCCAAGGUGGAGCUGGAGCGGGACAAUCUGAGAAAUGAGAUCCGACAAGUCAAGCAGAAGCUAUUCAAGGUGACCAGAGAGUGUGUGGCUUGCCAGUACCAGCUGGAAACCAGACGGCGUGACAUGGCCCAGUAUGCGGUCUAUCGGGCUGAACUGGAAACCAGGGUCAGCCAGCUUUCCGAGGAAAUAUCGCAGCUGAGAGAGACUUGUGAAAAGCAGAAGGAACAGUUCAGGCAGCGUCUGGAGAUGCCCCAGUACCGGGGGGAUAGCCAUUACUUGCAGGAGAGCCGAAGGCUUUCCAUGGAGUUCGAGAGCUUUGUGGCAGAGAACCGCCAGGGCCUGGAGAAACACUAUGAGCCGCAGCUCGUGUGCCUUUUAGAAAGGAGAGAAGCCAGUGCUAAGGCUUUGCAACAAACACAGGGAGAGAUUCAGGGGCUGAAGGAGACACUGAGACCCCUGCAGGGAGAGGCCGGCAGGCUGCGGCUGCAGAACAGAAAUCUGGAAGAACAGAUCAGGCUCAUUAAGCAAAAACGGGACGAAGAAGUUCUCCAGUACAGGGAACAGGUGGAAGAGAUGGAAGAGAGGCUACGGGAACUGAAAAACGAGGUCCAACUUCAGCAACGUAAGAACCAAGAAUUGGAAGAGCUGAGGACCAGCCUGCACCAGGUGCUAUCUAUUUACAAGGGCUGCUUAGAAAUCUAUGGUCAUCUUUGCAACUCAGAAAAAGUCGAUCAAGACUGACUUAUGGACUUUCCUUAUUCUGUCAAAAAAUAAAUGCAGAGGCGCUCACUGUGAAGGACUGAGGUAUCUGCAGUGGACACUUGCAUUUCCCUCUCCCUGCUCACCCCCUCCUAAAUAAUGCAUAGCAGCUAUUUAAAAUCAGGACUACUAGACAAUCAUUUGCUUGUUUAUAUUUCUUGGAGGUGCUGCUGUUGAUCUUCUAGCAUGGUAGAAAGAAUGAAGCUGCUGUCCUCUAGGAGAGCAUAGAAGAGUACACUUGCACUAAACAACGAAUCUAUAAAGAGGAACGAUAGAUGUAGGUUUUGCUGUGUGGUUGGAAAGCAUAUCUGAUCUUGCUUUGCAGGUAGAUCGUAUAAGCCUGCACAGAAAGGAUCAUAUAGAAAGCCAUUUUUUUGUUUGUUUCAAACAACAUACUUCAAAGGACUACUGUUGUUGCACGGUAAACAGGAUUGUUUCUUUUGUAACCCAAAAGAUGACUGCUGUAUUGUGACAUGUUCUAGUAGGGUCCAUAAACUGAGUUCCCAUAGAAGUGGUUUCCACUUUAUAUAAAAAUUUCACCUUGAAAAUAAGGAUUCAGGUUUUAAAGGCUGCUUGUAUAUCCCAAAGCACCUUCUGCCUCAUAGAAAGUGCAACAUGCUCAUGUGAUCAAAUCAAAUUUACAGCUGUUUUGUUCACACCUUAAUGUUCAUCAUAGGUCUACAUGCUAACAGCCUAUUAACAAUCGGUAGGGGGUUUAAGACCCAGGCCUGGUCUACACCUAAAAUUUAGGCUGACCUAUGUUGUGCAAUGGUGUGAAACAUUCACUCCUAAAGGUGGCUCAACUACACUUCUAAGCCCCACGGUAGACACAGUUUGGUCAACAGAAGAAUUAUUCUAUCAACCUAGUUACUGCCUGUUGGAGGGGUGAAUUAACUACAGCCAUAGAGAACCCCCUUCCAUCACUGUAGCAAGUAUCUACACCAUGGCACUGCAGCAGCACCACAGCAUCUGUAGUGUAAACACAGCCCCACUCAAAGCACCUGGCGAGAUUCAGACUCUACAGUAACCCCUUUUCAGAAUUACACCUCAGUCUGCUCAACUUCUUGAAAGCCAAACUUUACCUUAUGUUGAAUGAAUCAGAGCCACAAAGCCUUAUAUAGAAAGGCAAUCCAUGCUACGUAACCUUGAAUUGUAUUUUUUGACCUCACGGAUAUCAAGAUUUUGGACUCUCCCCGCCCACCGCUGCCACGCCAUUAGAACUUUGUCCUUGAGAGGGUGUGAACAGAACUUUCUAAAGGCUAAAUUAUGGAUAGCUCUGUACAUAUACUCUAGAAGGAAUGGGCAAGAGAGCACCCUUCAUUCCUCUCCUAUCACCACAGCCACGUUUUGGCUGAAGGGGUCACAGAAGAUACUAUGUGGUACUGCUGCCAAUGCUAAUAGCCCCAGAGGUUGAUGUGGAGGAGAAGCCAUGGUCCUGCCUCCUACACACCAGCAUUCUCCUGGCAGCAUUUGCGCGUCACCUUUUAAAGCACCUCCUAGAGGGUAUACCUCCACACACUACUGCUCAGAAAGCACCUCUGUUCUAAGAGGUACAGUUUUGCCUUGAGAAUGCACUUUUCCUGAAGAUAAGCUUCGCCAAAAAAUCAAAGCAGUACACCAUUUAUGUAGAAAAACAAUUUAUUCCAUUUGAAGCACUUACACAUAAUUAGUCAUGGAGAGUAACAGCCUACUGGUGGAACAGGUCACCCUAGUGGGAGAUGUGCAGAAGUUAGUGGUCAAGGACUAACUCCUAAAAAAAAGUAGGUCAUCCACAUUUAGUUAAUAUUUUGUUUUACAUAUACCAGCUAUCAAUGGUGUUUUCAGAUUACUGGGCAUGCCAUCUGUGGUACAUCAGUCAGGUAAAAACAUACAACUUUACAACUUGGUGGUCCCAAGUUUUAAAAACCAUUUCACAGAAAGGAAAGAAAAUAUAAUAUGAAAACACAGCUCAAGAACACACAAUAGAGCAAACUACAUGGGUGGUGAAUAGUGAUCUGCAGGAAUAGCUACUGUAUCCAAAAUUCUGCGUUGCCCACCAGAAGGGGAGGGAUGGGGGAAGAGAAAGUGAAAACCCAGAAUUAAGGAAAGAACUCUAGUUCUGGUUGAAGUCAGAAUCUGCACUUGAAAAUACUGGCACACAGACUAAAAGGAUCCCGAUAGUCUGAGUUUUACCAAAAAGAGGACAAGAGAUUCCACUCUCCACUUAACUGCU